AUGGGCACCACGACGCCCACCGGCAAGACCGAUACAACCACGGGCACGGCUGCUCCGUCGAAGACCGUCACGACUACGCCGUCGGCGGGUAUUGUGCAAGGACCUGGCAACGAGAAACCAAAGGACUGUGCAACCGGAUGGGAGGAGGCCAAGCCCACCCGCAAGCUGCGCGACAGCGCCAUGACCGGACGCGAGUUGGACGAGAAGCAGCAGACCAAGCGCAAGUUGGAGGCUAACUCGAACAAGGACAUCGCCAAGCUUGAGGCUUACUUUGGAACGUCGAUGGAAAUGACGCUGAAGAACCUGCCUACUGAGGGUGUUCACACGCCGUCGCCGUGGCCUGGUCCGUACUGGCCGACUUACCAGGACAGCAUCAACGUCCAGUGGAGUCAGGGUGAGCCCAGCCCUGCCGAGAAGUACGCCAAGGCGUUCGGUCUUGACGUGAAGGAGUUCAUGGACAAGGUGUCCAAGGACAACGGUGUCGACUCCAUGAGCAAGCGCCCUAAGUGCACGUCGGACAACGACUGCGCCUCUCUCAAUGACGGUAGCGGCUGCGGUAUUCGUGCUGGUCAGAGCUCGGGCUACUGCAUCCCGACCUGGUACGGCAUUUGCCACGCCUGGACACCUGCUUCAAUGCUGGAGGCUGAGCCCAACUGCCCGGUGACUCACAACGGCGUGACGUUCCACCCGAUGGACCUCAAGGCGCUGAUCUCGGACAUCUACGAUGGUUCUUCGAUCUCGACGGUGUUCACGGGCUCCCGCUUUAACGGUGGUAGCGACUCAACUGACGAGUACGGCCGCCACUCGAGCGCCGCUUAUCGUGAUCUGAACCCUGCCUUCUUCCACAUCACCGCCGCCAACCUUUUGGGUAAGUUGAACGCCACAUUCAUCGCGGACGUCACCGCCGGUUCGGAGGUGUGGAACCAGCCUGUGCGUGGUUUCAAGGUGUACGAGCAGACUGAGAUGUCGCUCGAGGAGGCUGCCCAGACCUUCUACGGUCUCGAGGAAUACCCGUGGAACGCCGCGGCAAAGAGCAUCGUGUACGUCAAGUCGCGUCUAUCGUGGAUCUUCGAGACGUACACGGACGGUGGCCUGGUGUCCUCCGGCCAAGUGGACCAAUUCACGACGGGUGCCUACUACACGUACCUGCUUGAGAUGGACGACGAUGGAACCAUCAUCGGUGUGGACCCGACGCUGCCGGACAUCACGACUAUCUCGACGGUGCCGGUGACGUACCCGGAUCUGCUGGCCAACUUGACCACGGCACCGACUGAGCCGCUGUUCACGAAGGUGGGCACAUCUGUCGUGUCGGAGCCUAUUCCGGCAGCCGACGCCGACCAGGAUGGCUACGUCGGCAAGUCGACGAGCACCCCAGUGACCGUGCCUUCCUCCAAAGCAGGCAUCUCGACCCCUUCGACUGUCAAGAGUGUCACGGACUGCGCCACCGGUUGGGAAGACAGUACGACCACCCAGGCUAAGAUUGACAAGAAGCGUCGUCUGGAGGCCAACACCAACAAGGACAUCGCCAAGCUUGAGGCCUAUUUCGGCACCAAGAUGGAAAUGACACUGAAGAACCUCCCUACUAAGGGUGUUCACACCCCGUCGCCGUGGCCCGGUCCGUACUGGCCAACUUACCAGGACAGCAUCAACGUCCGGUGGAGUCAGGGUGAGCCCAGCCCUGCCGAGAAGUACGCCAAGGCGUUCGGUCUUGACGUGAAGGAGUUCAUGGACAAGGUG